AUGAAGAGAGAGAACCAAAGUAUGAUUACUGAAUUUAUCCUAAUAGGCUUCUCAAACCUGGGGGACCUUCAGAUACUUCUUUUCUUUAUCUUCUUAAUAGUCUACCUGACCACUCUGAUGGCCAAUGUCACCAUCAUGACUGUCAUUCACCUGGAUCGGACUUUGCACACCCCUAUGUAUUUUUUCCUCUUUGUCCUUUCAUGCUCUGAAACCUGCUAUACUUUGGUCAUUGUACCCAAAAUGCUAGCCAACCUACUAUCUACAAUUCCAAGUAUUUCUUUCUCUGAAUGUGCUGCCCAGCUUUAUUUCUUUGUGGGCUUAGCUUGUACAAACUGCUUUCUUAUUGCUGUGAUGGGUUAUGACCGUUAUGUUGCCAUCUGCAGCCCCCUGAACUACACACUCAUCGUCAGCAAAGCCACCUGUGUGCAACUGGUUCUAGCCUCCGGCAUUUGUGGUUUCCUCAUUUCUGUUGUUGUCAACAUCUUGGUGUUCACUGUGCCCUUCUGUUCCUCUAAUCAGAUCAACCACUUUUUCUGUGACAUUUCCGCUGUCAUAAAACUGGGCUGCACAGACACCAAUCUGAAGGAAAUGGUCAUCUUCUUCCUCAGCAUUUUGGUAUUGCUGGUUCCCUUUGUGUUAAUCUUCAUCUCUUACAUCUUCAUUGUUUCCACCAUCCUCAAGAUCUCUUCAGUGGAGGGACAGCGUAAAGCCUUUGCCACCUGUGCCUCCCACCUCACAGUGGUCAUUGUCCACUAUGGCUGUGCCUCCUCUAUCUACUUGAGGCCCACAUCCUUAUACUCUUCAAACAAGGACUUGUUUGUAGCAGUGACCUACACUGUGAUCACUCCGUUACUCAAUCCUCUUGUCUACACACUGAGAAAUAAAGAAGUGAAGACAGCUCUGAACAAGGUUUUGAGUAGAUACUCCUUUCCCAAAACCAUGUAA